AUGCCGUUUCAAACGCUUGCCCUCGCCGUGGCCACGGUCGUCUACUUUGUCAUCCGUUACUUCAAUCGCACAGAUGUGCCUAAGAUUAAGGGUUUGCCGGAAGUUCCUGGGGUACCCAUCUUUGGAAACUUGCUGCAGCUGGGCAAUCAACAUGCCACUGUGACAGCAAAAUGGGCCAAGAAGUUCGGUCCCGUCUUCCAGGUGCGCAUGGGAAACAAGCGCAUCGUGUUUGCCAAUAGCUUUGCUUCAGUGCGCCAACUGUGGAUCAAGGACCAGUCAGCUCUGAUUUCGCGACCGACUUUUCAUACUUUCCAUAGCGUUGUUUCCAGCUCCCAGGGAUUCACCAUUGGUACUUCUCCGUGGGAUGAAUCUUGCAAGCGACGUCGCAAGGCCGCUGCCACAGCCUUGAACCGACCGGCAACACAAUCGUACAUGCCAAUCAUCGACCUUGAAGCCAACACGAGCAUCAAGGAGCUGUAUCGAGAUAGCAAGAACGGCACUCUUGACGUGAACCCUACCGCAUAUUUUCAACGAUACGCUCUCAACACCAGUCUGACACUCAACUAUGGCUUUCGCAUUGAGGGUAACGUAGAUGAUCAACUUCUGAAGGAAAUUUGCGACGUCGAACGCGGCGUGUCCAAUUUCCGCAGUACAUCCAACAACUGGCAGGAUUACAUUCCUCUGUUGCGCAUUCUGCCCAAAAUGAACAACGAAGCCCAGGAGUUCCGGGCUCGUCGUGACAAGUAUCUGACCUUCCUUCUGGCCAUGUUGAAAGACCGUAUCGCCAAGGGCACAGACAAGCCCUCUGAGGUGAAAUCUAUCUGUCUGACUAUGGUGUCUGCUGGUCUGGAUACUGUUCCUGGAAACCUGAUCAUGGGUAUCGCAUAUCUGGCGUCGGAAGAUGGUCAGCGAAUCCAGAAGAAGGCAUACGAAGAAAUCAUGAAGGUGUAUCCUGAUGGUGACGCUUGGGAGAAAUGCUUGAUUGAAGAGAAGGUUCCCUACGUGACUGCGCUUGUCAAGGAAGUUCUCCGUUUCUGGACCGUCAUUCCUAUCUGUCUGCCUCGCGAGAGCACUAAGGAUAUCCAAUGGAAGGAAGCCACCAUUCCUGCCGGGACAACCUUUUUCAUGAAUGCUUAUGCCGCUGACUAUGACGAGGAUCACUUCAAGGAUGCGACCAAAUUUAUUCCAGAGCGCUACCUCGACCUCGGGGACGCAUCUGGUACUCCUCACUAUGGGUACGGUGCGGGAUCCCGUAUGUGUGCCGGUUCCCACUUGGCAAACCGAGAGCUUUUCACGGCGUUCCUGCGCUUAAUCACUGCAUUUAAGAUGUACCCGGCCAAGGAAGCCGAAGACCGGCCAAUUCUGGAUGCAAUUGAGUGUAACGCCAUCCCAACGGCCUUGACCACAGAGCCUAAACCGUUCAAGGUGGGCUUCGUUGCGCGCGAUCCUAAAAAGUUGGAGCAGUGGAUUAUGGAAAGUGAUGAACGCACUAAGGAUCUGUGA